UUUAAUGAUAUCGGUGACAAAUGUCAAUUUUCAUGUUCUAAUUGCUUAGAUGCAUCAUGUAGUUUUCAAAACGGACUUUGCUCUAGUGGUUGUGAAAUAGGUUUUCAUGGCAUUAAAUGUCAAAAAAGUUGUUCUUCGAAUUGCGAGUCUUGUGACCAGGAUAGUGGUUAUUGCAUUGAUUGUAGAAAGGGGUUAAAAGGAGCUGUCUGCGUUGAAAAAUGUAGCAAAGGUUGCAAAGAUGAUAAAAAUGGUUUUGAUGUAUGCGAAAGGUACACAGGUACUUGUUCUUUGGGAUGCGAAGCAAACUUAUACGGAGAUUUGUGUGAUAGAAGGUGUGACGGGUGCAUGAAUGGUGAGUGCUUAAGAAAAUCUGGCGCAUGCGUAAAUGGAUGUAAGCAAGGGACAUACGGUUAUUAUUGUGAACAUAACUGUAGCAUCGGUUGUGUAGGUAACUGCAACUCAUAUGGAGUUUGUGAGUUUGGAUGCAAACAAGGAUGGAUUGGAACACUUUGUGACACAGAGUGUAGUCAUUUUUGUGACAGAAAAAUGUGUAAUUUGACCGGGGAAUGUACUCGAGGUUGCGUUUCUGGUCAUUUCGGACCUUUUUGUGAGUAUGUAUGUCCAGAAAAUUGUUUGUUUAACUCUUGUUCAAAAGUUGGUAAAUGUGUAGAUGGUUGCAUUAUUGGAUUUUACGGAGACACGUGUAAUAACAGAUGUUUGCAACCAUGUGCAAACUUAACUUGCGAUCGAAAAUUGGGUACUUGCAAGCAAACUUAUAAUGAUGCACAGGUAGCACCAAAAGAAGCUGAUCCAGAGCUUUCAUUAGAGGGAAUUAUAGGUAUCUCUAUUGGAGCUGUUGUCGUUGUCAUCAUCUUUGUGAUCGUCAUUGUUUGCUGCAUCAAUUACAAGAGGUAUGUACAAGAUACCAGCCCUCCAUCAAAUCAACCCAAUAAACCCUUAAAUGCCUGGAAGUAUUUUACAUAGACAUAAAUAGUGUAU